AUGGGAGUGAAAGUUGACGGCCGGCAUUUACACCAUCUUCGUUUCGGUGAUGACAUCGUUGUUAUAACAUCAAGCAUCAAUCAGACGCAACGGAUGCUGGCAGAAUUUGAUGAGACGUGUAAAAAGAUCGGUCUUCAGCUGAACCUAGACAAGACGAUGUUUAUGAGGAACGGAUUUGUUUCUGAUGUCCCAUUCACGCUCAACGGAAUGAACAUAUCCGAAUGCUUCAGCUAUGUAUAUCUAUGUCGGGAAAUCAACAUGGUGAACGACCUGACCUCCGAGCUGGGCAGAGAGAAACGAGCGGUUUGGGGAGCAUUCAACAGCAUCGAGGAUGUUGUGAAGAGGACGAAGAACAUCUGGUUCCAUGCUCACUUAUUCAACACCACCGUUCUUUUUGCUUUGACCUACGCUUCAGAAACGUGGGCGUUUCGCAAGCAGGAGAAAAUGCGAUCAGCGUCAUAG